AUGGAUUCCCGUAUUUCUAAAGAAAAGCUGAGAAGUAAGAUUGUAACAGAUCGUUUCGGAAGAAAAACCUUAAAUCUGUCAGAGUGGGAUUUGCUUGAAUUGCCUGAAGCGGUGCUGAAAUUAACUGAGUUGGAGAAACUUGACCUGUCACGGAAUAAACUUAAAACAAUACCUGAAAAUGUUGGAAAACGAAAUAAUAUUACAAUGCUUGAUGUAAGCGGAAACCAGCUGUCCAUAUUCCCUGCAAGUUUGACACAGCUGAAGAAACUCAAAUGGCUGAACAUCUCACAUAACAAACUAACCACCAUCUCUGAUGCUAUUGGUGAGAUGGUGGCACUGGAGGGACUGGAUCUGAGUUACAACCAGUUGACUGUGUUAAGUCCAGCUAUAACACAGCUGAAGAAACUCAAAUGGCUGAACAUCUCACAUAACAAACUAACCACCAUCUCUGAUGCUAUUGGUGAGAUGGUGGCACUGGAGAAACUGGAUCUGAGUUACAACCAAUUGACUGUGUUAAAUCCAGCCAUAAAACAGCUGAAGAAACUCGAAUCGUUGUAUGUGAAUGGGAAUCCUUUUACAGUUGAAGGAAUGAGAAGUGUUGUGGAGCUAGAAAAUAGAGGAAUAAUUGCCCGAGUAUAUUCAAAUCUCCAAGGUGAGUAA